AUGAAAGAGGCGAGAUGUUUAUACAAUAACACGAAGCAUUAUUCAUUCACGCUCGAUUCCGUUUCGACUAUGGCCUGCUUUGAUGAGCGGUGUGAGAGCAAACUUGACACAAUUCGAAGACAUCAAGUCGGUCUUGCAAGUUUCACGCGUAAAAUUUCACGCCAGAUGAAGUACAACAUCGGCUGA